GAGGAGAUGAGAGGGGGAGAGUCGUGGUAGUGGAUUGCAUCUGUGGCUGGUCCAGCGUGGACACCUCCUAAUGCAACAGGGAUGCUCCAAAUGCCUCGAAUGCAAACUUUCUUGUCUGCGUUUGCAGCUUCCUGAUUUUGUGGACAUAUGAGAAGAAAAGUGCAGCCAUGCCGCUGAACGAGACUGAAGUCCAAACACUGGCCCCAGAGCCAUGUGAGCAGCAGAUGCUCCAGGAGGAUCACCCUGGAGGUGGGAGUGGGGGGUCAGCCACCAGCAAUCUGUCGCUGCACUGCUGGCUGCAGCUCCUUACCAGGGAAUCCAUCAUGGAAUUACAAGAAGACAGCUCCAGCUUGAUGGUGCGUGUGAUGAUAGCGUGUGUGUACUCCAUAGUCUGUGCUCUGGGUUUGGUGGGGAACUCGCUGGCUCUGUAUCUGCUCCACUCCCGCCACAGGCAGAAGCAGUCAUCUAUAAACUGCUUUGUUAUGGGGCUGGCCAUCACAGACCUGCAGUUUGUUCUGACUUUACCCUUCUGGGCGGUGGACACGGCGCUGGACUUCCGCUGGCCUUUUGGCCGGGUCAUGUGCAAAAUCAUCAGCUCUGUCACCACCAUGAAUAUGUACGCCAGCGUGUUUUUUCUAACUGCGAUGAGCGUGGCGAGGUAUUACACCAUCUCCUCGGCUCUGAAGAUGCACAGUCGGAGGGCGGCCACAUCCAGGGCAAAGUGGACCAGUCUCGGCAUCUGGGCCGUCUCUCUACUGGCUACUUUGCCGCAUGCCAUCUACUCCACCAGUGCUGAGGUGUCGGAUGAGGAGCUGUGCCUGGUCCGCUUUCCGGACUCUGGCAGCUGGGAUCCACAGCUUCUUUUGGGUCUGUACCAACUACAAAAGGUCCUGCUGGGGUUCCUUAUUCCUCUGAUCAUAAUUACUGUCUGCUAUCUGCUCCUGCUGCGAGUCAUCCUCAGCCGUCGCAUCACUGGAGCAGCUGAUCCAGAGGCUAAACAAGGCCGUCUGAACCGGCGCUCCAAAGUCACCAAAUCGAUUGUCAUAGUGGUUCUGUCAUUCUUUCUGUGCUGGCUGCCCAAUCAGGCUCUCACGUUCUGGGGGGUACUUAUAAAGUUUGACCUUGUUCCAUUUAGCAAGGCAUUCUAUAACGUGCAGGCCUACGCGUUCCCGCUGACCGUGUGCCUGGCGCACACCAACAGCUGCCUCAACCCUGUACUCUACUGCCUGAUUCGCCAGGAGUUUCGGGCAGGACUCAAGGAGCUCCUCCUCCGCGCUACGCCGUCCUUCAGGAGCUUGACUCACCUGCUGCGUCGCAAGACCAAAGUGGCUGAGGCUCCAACCGUUCUGGUUCUGGUUCCAAUGGAUGUCUGAGCACGACAACCUGUUUUGGAUGUGAGGAAGCAAGAACAGCUAACUCAGAGAGUGUACUUCCCGUAUUGAUCUAGAGCAGCUUGCUGAGGGAUGGAAAGUUUUUCCAGCCUUUUCCAAAACAUAACAAAAGAAAAAGAAAAUCACGUUUCUCGUUGGUUGUUGGAAAUAACAUAAUCACAGGCACUUUGGGUUGUGUACCAAUUUCUCACAUCCAGGACAACAGACUCAAUUCUGUUGUUCUGGUAGCUCUCCCUCCCACUUUGUGCGAGAGGCAGCCCUGCUCUUUGGUCUCAAAUAUAUAUAUGUAUAGAGAGAGAGAGAGAUCAGUCUGAUAAAAGGAUUUUCUUUCAUGCCAGCCAUUUUCUGUGCUGUUGUUAGUGUCCAAAUCCAAAUCCAAAAGAUAAAUUUAAACAAAUCAGAAAAAAGGCAAAUCUAUGAUGUGCAAAAAACUCACCUUUACUUCAAAUAUAAGACAAGUCAUUAAUUCAAUUAGUAUAUUUGUGAUAAAAGUAUAAAAAAAAAUGUUUUAAGUGGGGUUUUUUUUCAGGUAUAAAUUGUACAACAGUUACUGUUUACUGCAUUCUGUUGGAAAACAUAUCUACACUGAAUGAAUAAAUAAAUAGGGAGAAACCUUGAAAAACCUCCAAAUAAAAAGGCUUUGGCAAAAUAAAUGUACAGUUGCUAAGAUAAAUGCUAUCCUUAAGGACCAGAAGUCCUCGAGAUUGCUACAGGAUUCAUGUCUCAGGACAUCUAAUCAUACGCCGCUAAUGCAAUCCGAGCACAUACACAGCGUCGACUGCACAGAAAUGGAAAAACUGCCACUCACUUUACCACUCCUACUUGCUUCCACUAGCGGCAACACUUAACACGCUUUCUCACAUCAGCAGAAUUGUCAGAUUGCACAUGAAUAAUUUAGAUUUUGCAUAAAACUUGCAUCAUUUUUUUAAAACCAGGUCAUUCAUUAAUAUAAAUGUUUCAAAUGCAUCACCCGCGUUUGUUUUUCUGUAUAAUUAUGCACUUAUCAAGGCACAAAAUUUGAAAAUGUAAGGGGAGCUAAAGCAUAUCAUUAACUGUUCUGGUUUCUUUUGCAAACAAAAGUUCGUUCUUUAAGUAAUAAAAAAAAGUGGGACUGACUGACAGGCUACAAAUAAAAUGAAGGCUGCACUGGCAGGAGGGCAUCACAUCAAAAAUAAAAAAAUGCUUAAGUCUUGUGUAAGCUUUUAAUAAUGAGACUUGAUUCUCGCACCACAGCUCUUCAGUCGAUAACAGCAUCUAAAGUAAUCCAGGAACAAAGAAGUGCAGUUUGAAUGUUUGUCAAGCAGAGGAAAGCUUUUCUCUUCCCCUUCCGAUGGGCUGAGAUGAGAGAAUAUGGCACAUUCUUGUCUGUAGGUCUCAUGUAACUUGUAGCGUAAUAAUGCAUACUCAAAAUGAUUUAGCGCUGACCCUGAAUAUGAUGUACUGUAGUGAUUUUUAAGUGCUUUCACAUGCUCUUAGCGCAGGUAGCUUCUCAUCUGUCUCACGCAAACGGCAAUGAGCUAAGAUGACUCAUCCACUGCUGGGAAGUAUGGCUUCAAAUUUAAUGCUACUUAAACACACUGCUCAUUAAUGCUGUUUGUUUUAGUUGUGGCUUUGUGCGUUUUUAAUUUGAUUCCUAUUAAACUGUAAAAAUUGAUUAACUCCUC